CGAGGGCGAGGAGGUGAACGGAGGCGGUAGAAGCGGCAAGGAGCGGAGACGGAUGGAGAGAGUGGCGGUCCGCUUCCCUCCGAGGAGAGAAGAAAGAGCACCGGCAGUAGUAACCCGGCCAGUACCCCGCGCGCGGGUGCAGCUGCAUCCGAAAACGCCCGUGUGUGUGAGAGUGCGUGAGAGUGCAAAACGAGGCGUGUGUGUCCUGGUGGCGAGCAACGAUCGCCACGAGGGUUGCGGUACAACGGAUACCCUGCAGUCCGGUAUCCUCGCUGUCAGCAUCCAACUUGAUCGAGGAAAAGCGUGUACUUAGGCGACGUAAACGCGGUUCACCGAGAAACCCACAUCCAAGGUUGGGUCUGUCCGCGAACGAAAAAACGAAACGCGAGACUGAAAUUCGUCUGAUCGAAGUUGGUUUAACGCAUCGGACAACGAUGUUCCUGCGACGGUAUCGCGUUCCAAGUCACCCGACCAAGUUUCCAUGCGUGUAACGCGUGCCCCAACCGAAAGUAUGUGAAACGAAGAGAAGCGGAUAGAGAGUGAGUGAGAGAGAGAGAGUGUGAGAGGGCGAGAGAGAGAUAGCAGCGCCAUGUUACGAAGUCAAGAGACCUCGAACGAGGAUUCCUACCUGAGCUCGGGCAGGCCGUCGAACCUGCUGCGGACGAGCUUCAGCAGCGCCAAGUUAGAGACGCUAUAUCGCGCCUCCUCCCUUCAACAGAGGCGGGGUGGCCUCGAGUACUUCCUGUUUUCGGCGCUCCUCUACGCAGCUCACUCGUUGAUCACGCCUGGUCAGGAGCUAUCGACUCGAAGCUUAACCGCCGUCUUCUUGGGAUUGAAUCUGGGCCUGCUGGCCUGGGCUAAACACAAUCCUAGAGCGAAAGAUGCGCUUUGGUCGGUGAUUCCACACGUGGCCUGGAACCUGUCAACCGCACAGCUACUUACUCAGCUGUUCCUCAAGUCCACCGAGGUCACGCCUAGGGACGGACUAGGCUGGCUGUUGCUCAUGCUCUACCUGCUGUUCGCCACUUUACCCCUCAGACUGCCCCUCUGCGUCCUCCUUGCCAUUAGCACCGCACUGGUGUACAUCAUCUCCGUCGUUGGACUCUCCAAAGCACCUGCACAGAUACCCAUCGAUGUUUUGGUGCUGACAGUGACGCUAUCCAUAGGCGCCAUGCUUCUGGGUGCUUCCAGUUACUCUCUGACCGAGUUUCAACAACGUAGAGCCUUUUUAGAAACCAGACAGAGCCUGGAAGUACAACUGGUGAUCGAGGAACAAAGCGCCGAGCAGGAAAGGCUGCUGCUUAGCGUGCUUCCGGAACACGUGGCUGUAAUGAUGCGACAGGACCUAGGCGCCUCGCUGGAUACGCAGUUCAAGAAGAUUUACAUGUCCAGGCAUGAGAAUGUCUCGAUUCUGUAUGCGGACAUUGUUGGUUUUACUGCGAUUUCCUCCACGUACAGCGCUAGCGAACUAGUGAAGAUUCUCAACGAGCUAUUUGCUAGAUUCGAUCAACUCAGUGAAAGAUACGAGCAGCUGCGAAUAAAGAUCCUCGGCGACUGUUACUACUGCAUAAGUGGAGCACCCGUGGAAAGACCAGACCACGCUGUUCUCUGUGUCUAUAUGGGCUUAUCUAUGGUGGACGCCAUCAAGUACGUGCAACAAAAGACCAAUAGCCCUGUCGACAUGAGGGUGGGUAUACACACUGGUGCUGUGUUGGCCGGUGUCCUCGGACAGAGACAAUGGCAAUUCGAUGUGUACAGCAAGGAUGUCGAACUCGCGAACAAGAUGGAGAGCAGUGGAAUGGCGGGGAGGGUGCACAUCUCGAACGCGACGCUGAGCUUCCUGAAUGGCGAGUUCGAGGUCGAGCCAGCGCACGGCGAGGACAGAGAAGAGGCACUACAGAAAGCGGGCAUCGUCACAUACUUCAUAGUCCGGGCGUUGAAACCCUUCAAGCCAGCUGCCACCAAGAGCAUCGCCUCGCUCACGGAGGACGCCAGGAAGACGAUCGACGCAGGAAACGAAAGAAAUAACAAUAAGGAGGACUCGGAGGAAUUUAGACAGAGGCUGAGGAAGGAACUGGAUAACAAAACUGGCGGAGCACAUUUGAAAGGUCACGCGUACUGGUUGACCUUGCGGUUCAAGGACUCGAAGGUGGAGUCUGCGUUUCACCACGCCGAAGAAGCAUUUUCCCCUUUGUCAUUGCUCGGUGGGCCAUUGGUGAUGAUCUGUGCCGCCCCAGUUUGGAGGUUUCAGCCCUGGGGACCUUUCACAUGGGGCGGUAUCGGGAUAGUGGUGCUAUUCGCGGUAGUUUUGGCUGGUGCCACGUGUCUCGGCAGUGCCAUCAAGGCUAUGUGGCUGAGAAGAGCUUUGGCUCUUAUGAUGACAUUUUCCCUUGGUAUUUUUCUGAUUCUCGAUAUGUUCAACUGCGUGGUCAUCGAGGAAACUAUUCCGCCCCUAAACGCCACCAUAACUCUGUCUUCGAGGUGUCCAUAUCCUUCCUACUACUCGUACAUCGGUGUGCUUACACUUGUGGCGACCUCGAUGCCGACCUACAUAUGCUAUCUAGGCAAGGCGUACUUAAUGUACGGUAUCUCGGGCGUCCAGUGUUUCAUCAACAUCUGUCUACUCAAUGCGAGGCUGGACUGGGAGGAUUACGCUUCUACCCUCGAACCGACCCCCCUUCCAUCGAAAUAUUGCCUAUCCGCCACUCUUCUCAUCGUAGCUACUUGUCUGGUCAUCGUGUCCAGAUAUGCGGAAAAGUCGAGGAGGAUGUUGUACCUACGAGGAAGGGAGGUGGAGGCGCAGAGAGAAAGGGCGGCGGACAUGACGCGCAGAAACGGCGCCCUCAUCUACAACAUCCUUCCGCCGCACGUGGCUGCUUAUUUUCUAUCGAGUGCGAGACACCACGAUGAUCUCUACAGUCAAAGCUACGCCGAAGUGGGUGUUCUGUUCGCUAGUAUGCCGAACUUCGCCGAUUUCUACAGCGAAGAGAGCAUCAAUAACCAGGGCCUCGAGUGUCUCAGGUUCUUGAACGAAGUCAUAUCCGAUUUCGAUGCGAUCCUCGAUCAAACUAAAUUCAAGGACAUCAUCAAGAUCAAGACGAUAGGCUCGACAUACAUGGCGGCAUCCGGAAUCACAGACUCAGAGGAGUCCGAGGAUGCUCCUCGGUGGGGUCACUUGUCCACCCUCGUCGAAUUCGCCCUGGAGUUGAAGAAAGCAUUGUCGAGCAUCAACGAGCAAAGCUUCAAUCACUUUGUUCUCAAAAUGGGUAUCAAUCACGGCCCUGUGACUGCUGGGGUUAUUGGCGCCAGGAAACCUCAUUACGAUAUCUGGGGAAAUACCGUGAACGUGGCGUCUAGAAUGGAAAGCACUGGAAAAGUGGGCUGCAUCCAGGUCACAGACGAGACCCGGAGGAUUCUGGAGCCGUUUGGCUUCGGCUUCGAACAACGCGGCCUGGUGUUCGUCAAGGGCAAAGGUCAGCUGCUCACCCACUACCUGGUAUCCAAGGACGGCGUGUCCUUGAAUUUGGACAGUGACCUGCCAGUCGAACCCACUCAUCCGAUCAUCUAUCAGUAGGCUAAUACUCGAAGGCUCUAAAAACUUCAACGCAAAACCCUUCUUCGUUCACGAAGAGACCUUUCGUCGAGCAAGGCUCCUCUCUCUCUCUCUCUCUCUCUCGAUAAUCUUCGAAGAGACGAACGAAAUCGAGACGAUGAAAGAGGACGAGACGUCGAUUACUCGAAAUGUUCAAGUUCGGAUACGAAAUAGGAAAAAUUGCAAAGAUACGACAGAGAGGUCUCGGACGAAAGACGAACGAUCUACGAGAUCGGAAGAGUUUGAAAGAAAAUCGAGGACUGGGCUGAUUAGAUUGCUUUUUCGACCACAAUUUUCGACCUUGAUUCCUUGGCGAGAAGUUUCACGCGAAAGAUACUUAUACGACAAACUGUUUGGUUAUUUUGUAAGUAAUUAAGAUGGUUGUUUGAGAGAUUUUAUUUAUCGAAGAGGCGCCCAGGCCUGGUCAGCCUUUAAAGAAAGUCAGCCACCGGAGAAAAAUUCUUACCGCUGUCACAACCUUAGUCUACUGCUGAUAACGAUUAUAUCGUUCAUUGAGGAUGAAGAACAGGGUACAAAUGGAAGAAACAAAGUACGUUUAGAGCGAAACUAAUCGAUAUUAAUGAAAGUGUUGUUUCAACAUCGUACUAUACGUUUUCUCAUUGUGGACGUCGUGGAUUGUCUUAGUUAGUGGUAGGCCUUCGAAGGACUCCUAUUUUACGUAGAAUCGAGAAGAAAGAUAGUAAACUUCGUCGAUAGUUGGCUGGUUUCGACUAAUCGGUUCGAUGGAAACGAAAAAAUAAAAGUCCAAACUUUCUCGCGUCGAAACGACAUACGAAAUAUAUAGAAGUUUCCAAAUGAUAAUGAAACGAGAAAGUUAGGAAAGAAUCCGGUCGAUUCGCGCAUAUCUAGGAUAAGUGUUAGUCGAAGAUGAAAGAAAGAAAAUGCCAUUCGAUCGAACAUCGAUCGAUCCUCGUCACUAUAGAGAAUCGAUAUGUAACUUAAGAAAGUGUCUAGCUCGUAAUCCUUGUGAUAGAUACGCUGAUACGGUUCUUGCAAUCAAGUCAACUCUAUUUUUCUAGAUUCCGCGACGAGCACGUUCCAAGACGCGAUUAAUUAAAAAAGAAUAAUUGAAAGCAUUACGAGCGUGGGCGUGGUCAACUACAUAGUGGUAGGUCUUUUUCCUAACGUGGCUUCCGGAGAAUCGCCGUUUCCUCUAAAUAUACGUUCUUUCGGUCAUCGACGCUGUCGACUGUGUGCUUUCUUACGAUUUCGAUCCGAAUCGUCGCGAUACGACGAGAAUACAAAAUUUUCUGUCAGCUCUGUUUCGUGUUCAAUAAUACUCGCGAAGAAGAUCGUAGACUUCGAAGGUGACUUCACGGUGAUCGAGCGCCUAGCGCUUUGUCUUCGCACCAAAAGGAACAUCCUACAUCGAUUUCCUCGGUAAUAGAGGAAAAUUUUGUCGGUGUUUUUUCUCGAGAAAUUUAGAAUUUAAUCGUCGUAAUGAUUCGACCAGGGAUAAAAAUUAAUCGAUUAAAAUGGAAUUUCGUAUGUCUACGGUGUAAUUGUUACAAUAAUUAAAUAUUGCCGGACAUUAUAGGCCAGAUUACGCGUUGUAAUUAAACACAGUUAAUAAGUCGAAUCGCAGGUACAGUUGUUGUAUAGGAAAAUUGCAAGUCGAUACGUAGAUACUAUCGAUAGUCGAAGAAAGGGGGUUGUACAUUCUAUAUAAUUGAAAAUUGAAAGUAAAGGAAUUGUUAUAUAUUGCAAAAAAUCUUGUAGAGAAGUUCCAAGAAAAAUACUUCGUCUGUUAUUGGAGCUUUGUUCUCGUAGAAUUGUUUAAAAAAAAAGGACUGUAAAGAAGAACUUU